UAGAAGUGUGAGAGAGCCCAGCAGGACUCAGAGGGGAGAGUUGGAGGAAAAAAAAAGGCAGAAAAGGGAAAGAAAGAGGAAGAGAGAGAGAGAGUGAGAGGAGCCGCUGAGCCCACCCCGAUGGCCGCGGACGAAGUUGCCGGAGGGGCGCGCAAAGCCACGAAAAGCAAACUUUUUGAGUUUCUGGUCCAUGGGGUGCGCCCCGGGAUGCCGUCUGGAGCCCGGAUGCCCCACCAGGGGGCGCCCAUGGGCCCCCCGGGCUCCCCGUACAUGGGCAGCCCCGCCGUGCGACCCGGCCUGGCCCCCGCGGGCAUGGAGCCCGCCCGCAAGCGAGCAGCGCCCCCGCCCGGCCAGAGCCAGGCCCAGAGCCAGGGCCAGCCGGUGCCCACCGCCCCCGCGCGGAGCCGCAGUGCCAAGAGGAGGAAGAUGGCUGACAAAAUCCUCCCUCAAAGGAUCCGGGAACUGGUCCCCGAGUCUCAGGCUUACAUGGACCUCCUGGCCUUUGAGAGGAAACUAGACCAAACCAUCAUGCGGAAGCGGGUGGACAUCCAGGAGGCCCUGAAGAGGCCAAUGAAGCAAAAGCGGAAGCUGCGUCUCUAUAUCUCCAAUACGUUUAACCCUGCGAAGCCCGACGCUGAAGACUCCGAUGGCAGCAUUGCCUCCUGGGAGCUGCGGGUGGAGGGGAAGCUCCUGGAUGACGUACGUCCUGGCCCAGGUCUCUCCAGGUGUCCUGGGCCCAGCAAGCAGAAGCGGAAGUUCUCUUCCUUCUUCAAGAGUUUGGUCAUUGAGCUGGACAAGGACCUUUAUGGUCCUGACAACCACCUAGUUGAGUGGCACCGCACACCCACAACCCAGGAGACGGACGGCUUCCAGGUGAAGAGGCCAGGGGACCUGAGCGUACGCUGCACGCUGCUCCUCAUGCUGGACUACCAGCCUCCCCAAUUCAAACUGGACCCCCGCUUGGCCCGGCUGCUGGGGCUGCACACACAGAGCCGCUCGGCCAUCGUGCAGGCCCUGUGGCAGUAUGUGAAAACCAACAGGCUACAGGACUCGCAUGACAAGGAAUACAUCAAUGGGGACAAAUACUUCCAGCAGAUUUUUGAUUGCCCCCGGCUGAAGUUUUCGGAGAUUCCCCAGCGGCUCACAGCUCUGCUGUUGCCCCCUGACCCAAUAGUCAUCAACCACGUCAUCAGCGUGGACCCGUCGGACCAGAAGAAGACGGCGUGCUAUGACAUUGAUGUGGAGGUGGAGGAGCCACUGAAGGGACAGAUGAGCAGCUUCCUCCUGUCCACGGCCAACCAGCAGGAGAUCAGCGCUCUGGACAGUAAGAUCCAUGAGACGAUUGAGUCCAUAAACCAGCUCAAGAUCCAGAGGGACUUCAUGCUAAGCUUCUCCAGAGACCCCAAAGGCUACAUCCAAGACCUGCUGCGCUCCCAGAGCCGGGACCUCAAGGUGAUGACAGACGUGGCAGGCAACCCUGAGGAGGAGCGCCGGGCCGAGUUCUACCACCAGCCCUGGUCCCAGGAGGCUGUCAGCCGCUACUUCUACUGCAAGAUCCAGCAGCGCAGGCAGGAGCUGGAGCAGUCGCUGGUCGUGCGCACCACCUAGGAGCCCCCGCUGCUAGGAUGACCACCGCGGAGGGUCCCCCAACCUGGGCCGGGCCCGCUCCCCCAGCUUUGCCAUCGCGCCUCGGACGCCUUCCGGUGAGGCAGGGGAAUGAUUAAAGCUCGUGCAUCUGA